CGACUCUAUUGGGAAGUUCUAGUGCUGUACGUGAGGCACUGGUAUGACUGGAGUAUACGUGAUGUGAGGCAAAGAUGCUGUAGGGCCGGCCAAGAUCUUCAUCGGUUCCGGGAGAUCCAACUCCUGAUUCUCGCACCGCACAGGUGUAGUUCCCAUUGGGAACACCUGCACGACAUCGGCGAUUGUGGAGUGUGGAGGAGGUCGGGUAGGGGGAUGGAUGGGGAGUUCCGUACGGGCGGUGACCCUAUGUUUGAAAACAUGGUGGCCUUUAAGAAGGAUUCCGAG